AUGGCUGCUACCAGACCCGGCAAGCGUGCGGCGACCGAGGAUGUCGUGACCCGCGAGUACACCAUCAACCUUCACAAGAGGUUGCACGGUGUUACCUUCAAGAAGCGCGCUCCUCGCGCCAUCAAGGCCAUCAGGGAUUUUGCUGAGCGGGCUAUGGGUACCAAGGACGUCCGCCUUGACCCCCAGCUCAACAAGAAGGUCUGGGAAUCCGGCAUCAAGGGUGUCCCUUACCGUCUCCGUGUCCGCAUCGCUCGUAAGCGUAACAACGACGAGGAGAGCAAGGAGAAGCUCUACUCCUUCGUCCAGGCCGUCAACGUCAAGAACCCUAAGGGCCUGCAGACCGCCGUCAUCGAUGAGGCUUAA